AUGGCGCAAAUGCGAGUGACCGAUUUCUUUGCUCAGACCAAGCGGCCGGCGCAGGGUCCUGAGGCCGGUAAGCGGCGGAAGCUAGAGGCCGCUGUAGAGAGAACCGGGACGGUAACUCGCAGUAAGAAGGCGCGAGUGGAGGAGCUGCUUCGGCCUCCAAGGACUCCCGAAAAGGUAGCGCAGCUGGACACACCGGAGUGCGCGAAUCCGAGCAGCAAGAAGAGGCUUCGUAAGGAGGCCGAGCAGGAGCUUCCCCGUCCGGUGCUGCCGGAGAGAAAGUCUGCCCGCAAGAGACUUCGGCUGCCGCUGGAGGACGAGCCGCAGUCUUCCAGCCCAUGUUCUAAAGUUGAGACUCCGCCAUCCUUGGGGAAGAAGAUUAAGGAGCUGGUGAAUGUGCGUUUGUCUCCGAAAGCUGCUGGCUUGAAGAGUAACCCAGACACACCUGAAGCCAAGGCACAGAACAAGGACAACCUUGUAGAGCUGAAGUCUCGCCUGCAGAGGAUUCAAGAGCUGACCCAAAAAGUUAAGCUUCCAGCACCUUCGGACAGUAAAGUUACGAUCACAGAUCUGAAAGCCAGACUCAAGCGUGCCCAGGAACUAGAGUCAAAGAUCAGAGAGAGGAAAACCGAGGAGAAAGCAGAGACAAUCAACCUAGAUCUGACAGAGGAGAGUACAAAAGACAGUGAGAAGGCACCAGCUUACCAGCGUUUCCACAACCUUGCCCAAGAUGUGCCACCAGGUCUCUCUCUGCCGUACAAAUACAAAGUUCUGGCUGAGAUGUUCCGCAGCAUGGACACUAUAGUAGGCAUGUUGUUCAACCGCUCAGAGACCAUCACAUUCUCCAAAGUCAAGCAGGGUGUCCAGGAUAUGAUGAGAAAGCAAUUUGAAGAGCGUAAUGUAGGGCAGAUAAAGACUGUGUAUCCAACUGCAUACAAGUUCAGGCAAGAGAAGAAUAUUCCAACGUUCAAGGAUGGUAUGAAGAAGUCAGACUAUCAGCUUACUGUGGAGCCAGUAAUUCAAGAAGGAGAUAAAAUCGAUGGACACCCACAGCUAACAGUGUCCCGUUUACUGAAACGCAGGCAUUUCUUUAACCGAAACCUGACUACCAUCGUCAAACAGCACCACAGGGCUUUCCUGGCUUCCUUGAAUCCUCCCAUGCUGGUUCCGGAUGAUAAGCUGACCCGCUGGCAUCCACGCUUUAAUGUGGAUGAGGUACCAGAUAUCGAGGCAGCCGAACUUCCAUUGCCUCCUCAGGUUGAGAAACUCUCCACGGCCCAAGAUAUCUUAUGUAAGGCACGGGGCAUGAUGACACCAAAGAUGGAAAAGGCUCUCGCAAACCUAGCUUUAAGAACUGCGGAGAGCAGCGCUACAGAAACCAAACCUUCGCUCGCUGCAGAGCCAAAGCCGGCUCCCUCUGCCACAUCGACUGCCCUGAAAGGAGUCUCCCAGUCCCUGCUGGAACGGAUAAGGGCAAAGGAGGCACAGAAGCUCCAAGCCGUAAUGACUCGCAGACCGGAGCAGGAGGAGAGGCUUCUCAUGAUGUCCAGGUUGGCCGAGUUGGCCCGCAUCCUGCGCAAUGUGUUUGUGGCAGAAAAAAAGCCGGCACUGACUGUGGAAGUGGUCUGCAACAGGGUCAUCGCCAGCUACCGCUCCUCAAUGACUAUAGGUGACAUCGAGAAACAUCUUGUGUUGCUUUCUGAACUUCUACCUGACUGGCUCAGCAUCCAUCCGAUCCGCACGGAUACGUACUAUAAACUCAACAAAUCUGUGGACCUUAACUUGAUUUUAGAGCGUCUGGCCAAGAGCAUCAGGGAAGAAGAGUCCAAAUAACGACAAUCCUUUCAGUCUCUUGUGACGCUUUUCAUGGGGACCUGUUCUUAGAAUUUUAACAGGCGUGCAAUUUUAAUGAACGCUAACACUAGAAACCCUGACACCGUAACUUUCGUUGGCUGUUUUUAAUCCUCAACACUCGUUGCAUCCGUCGCAGGUGCAGUUUGAGACGUACUUGGGUUUAUUUUGUUCUGCCAAGUUGGGUUUUUAGAUUCUCAGCCUGGUUGGGGUUUGGGGUGUUUUAUAAUUGAUAGCCAGCAUGGAUGGGUUUUUAUACAUGUUGAGGGUGUUUAUCUGUUAGGUUACUUGUUUACAUGAGUGGCAGGUUUAUGUACACUGACUAUUGCAAAUUUUUAUUUUCUACUGUAAAAGGCAAAUUUUUCACCCAAUUAUUUUUGGAUUAAACUAAUUUGCAUUA